UUUUGACAGGUUGAUUAUUGCCAUUGCUGUUAUCCUGCAAGCUGGAAUCAAGUUUCCAUCGGCCAGACGCCAGCCGUGCCAGUCCGGCAUCACGGGAUCCCACGUAGCUGCUUUGCGGCUUAUCCUCCAGACAGGCAUCUACCAACCUAGAGCCGGAUGCAAGCCGCGCCAGCCUGACUGUGUGCCUAGGAUUACCGCUAGGAGGAUCGGAAUGUCAAAGAAAGAAGAAGGUCCCAAACCUUUUCACCCUCAUCGGACAUCGCUUGAGCAACUACAGAAAUGUUACGGGUCAGAUAACUCCAGAAAAUUCCAGAAGACAGAAAGGAAACAUGUGACAAGUCGCACGUACAGUGACUCCAGUACUCUCAGCCAUUUAUCUGUAUCUCGGCAUUUAGAACAGCGCCUCCGACCUGCGACCUGUUCUGCGUGUAGGGCCUGUGUGUCCACAAGUCUGACUGACUCCAUAACAGAAGUCCAUAAACUGCAACCAAUAAACCGGGCGCACAAACUUCCCUACUACUCUGCAAAAAACAACAAAAAGAGGCCUAAAGCGAGACACAAGACCAAGGCGCAGGGCAACACUACUGUUCUGCGGCAGCUUCCAAGUUCCAAAAAUCUGAGUUCAUGUAAUAGUAAGAGACCUAGCAGCGUCCAGGGCCUCGCAUCAUCUCUUAGCACCAGGUUGUCAGAAGAGAAGAUGCCCUCCUUGCCUUCUCUCCCCGCUCUACCUCAAUCCGGUUUCCUAUCUGCGCGCGCUGGUAACACUGGUGGUGGGUCUAACAGUACGUACCAUCCUGACCAUGAACUAAGACAGUGGAUUGUAGAGUUUGGAGGCGACGAGCAGGCAGCUUUCAUGGCACUGGGACUCCAAAAGUUACAGCUGGCAUACAAGAUGGGUAAAGCCGAAAUGUACCAGUCAACACAAUGUAAAACCGCCAUUGAGUGCUGACGCCUAUAGAGCAAUAUGGAUGGUGUGCCUCCAUAGCCUCCUAUCUGCUAUUGGGGUCUUGAAAUUUCUUGAAGGGAUGGAUCAUCAGAAGAUGACCUACUGUUAUAAUCACUUUGUAUUUUUUCAUUUUUCUCUGCAUUAUCUUUAUAUUAAAAAAUCCUUUAAUAUUUAUGUUUUUACUCUACACACUGAACCCCUCGAUAUGUUGCCUUUUUUUUAUCAUUCACUAUCCAUCGGGCCCAUUAGUUUUGGUGCCCGAAACUUAA